ACUUUGUGUAUAUAUACCACAUAUAUAUAUAUAUAUAUAUAUUUCUGUAUACAUUUUCUCCGUAAUCAAGUUCUCAAAGCUAUUAGCUCUUUUAUCUCUCUUUUUAGUUUUCUCAACAAAUAACAAUUGAAAAGAGAUGGGAAAGUCAUCAAGCUCGGAGGAAAGUGAAGUGAAGAAAGGGCCAUGGACUCCAGAGGAAGACGAGAAGCUUGUCAGCUAUAUACAGAUCCACGGUCCCGGAAAAUGGCGAACCCUUCCCAAGAACGCCGGGUUGAAAAGAUGCGGGAAGAGUUGUCGAUUACGGUGGACAAACUAUCUAAGACCCGAUAUCAAGAGAGGAGAGUUCUCUCUUCAAGAAGAAGAGACUAUCAUUCAACUUCAUCGCCUUCUUGGAAACAAAUGGUCAGCCAUUGCUAUUCACUUGCCAGGAAGAACAGAUAACGAAAUCAAAAAUUAUUGGAACACACAUAUAAAAAAGAAACUCUUACGAAUGGGGAUUGAUCCAGUGACCCAUUGUCCCCGAAUCAAUCUUCUUCAGCUCUCUUCGUUUCUCACUUCAUCUCUUUUCAAAUCUAUGUCACAACCGAUGAGUACUCCAUUUGAUCUCACUACUUCAAGUAUAAAUCCCGAAAUGUUGAAUCACCUCACUGUCUCUCUCAACAACGAUGACCAAACCGAAUCAUACCAACAUCAACAACCAAACCAACAGCUUCAGAACGACCAUCAAACCAGUUUCACCGGUUUGCUCAACUCCACACCACCGGUUCAGUGGCAAAACAAUGGAGAAUACUUGGAAAAUUUCCUUAGUUACACCGGUUCAAAUGACCAAUCUAUUAACCAGGUCCCUCUAACCGGAAACUACCCAUCCGCCGCAUUUGUAUCCGAUGAAAUUAACGAUGGCGAGAAUUUUAAGGCCGGGUGGAAUUUCAGUUCAUCGAUGCUACCGGGAACUUCUUCGAGCAGCUCGACGCCGUUGAAUUCAUCUUCCACCGUUUAUAUCAAUGGUGGAAGCGAAGACGAUAGAGAGAGUUACGGUAGCGACAUGUUGAUGUUUCAUCAUCAUCAUGAUCAUAGUAAUAAUGGUUUGAAUCUAUCAUAAUAUGCAACUUCUUCUACUUCCUCUUGUUCUUAUUUAUUUUUUGCUUUUAUUCUUAUGGGGUUUAUUAUUGUGUUACAUAUUUUGUAUUCUAAGAGCUUAGUCUAUCAUUAUCUUGCCUUUGUUAUGCUUUUUCUUUAACAAUUUUUUUUUUUUUCAUUUCGAAAUUUUUUCCACUUGUUUACACUCAAAUUAAGGUUUCUCUAA